CUUUCCUCCAAUAACAUCGCCAUCAGCAUGUCCUCCCCUACCAGCUCCUCGAAAUUGACUCCUGUGAUAAAUAGCAAACGCCAAGAUUACUUACAUUGGGAUGACUACUUCAUGGCCACUGCCGUUCUAUCCUCACAACGCAGCAAAGACCCCGUUACACAAGUAGGAGCCGUAAUAGUAAAUGAAGAUAAUCGCAUAGUAGCCAUCGGGUACAAUGGUUUUCCCAAAAGCUGUGAAGAUGAUGAAUUUCCCUGGUAUAAAGCCAACGAUAUUAAGGACAUAGUAGAGGAUUUUGAUCCGAUUAACGAUAAGAAAAUGUUUGUGGUCCAUGCCGAGGCAAAUGCUAUACUCAAUAAAAAUUGUGCCAAUCUCAAAAAUACCCGCCUCUAUACAACGCUUUUUCCCUGCAAUGAAUGCGCUAAACUUAUAGUACAAUCGGGCAUUACGAAAAUCUAUUAUAUGUCAGAUAAAUAUGCCAAUAAACCCAUAUAUCGGGCGGCACGUUUAAUGUUCUCUAAAGCGAAAAUAGAAUGUCAACGUUAUAUACCCAAAAAAACGAAAAUUGUCAUAGAUUUUGAACAAAUAUUGGAGGAGGAAUUGAAUCUUUCGCAAGAAAUGGAGAAUAUUAAAUUAUAAGGGAGGAGGAAAAAAUAUGACUAUGGCUGGAUAUAAUUGCUGUACUAUUAGCUUUUUUAAGUUUUUAUUUUAAUUUUGGCUAAUUUGUUUUAUUUAAAGUUUUUGUGUUGUGCUUUCCCUGCGUUUUUUGUACAUUUUAUGUAAGAUGACUUAUAAUAAAGAAAAUUAUCCAAAA